UUUGCAUAUGCGCUUGAAUGUUUGUCGCGCAGCAAACAAGUCCGCAGCACUUGACUCAAGUCGUUCCUGAUUUAAAACCAAUCUCUCUCCUCCUUCUUAUCUCUCUUAAUUUCACACGCCAUGGUGACAGCUCUUGAUCUCUCUGAAUUUUGUGUUCAAUUGCCAAAGAUUGAACUUCAUGCUCAUAUCAAUGGCAGCAUUAGUCCAAAGACAAUGCAUCGAUUGAGAGAGAUCAAGAAGCACAAGUAUCCUGAACUGGCAGAUUUUACCAUUCCUGAACGACUGGAUCGUAUUUCCGACUUUUUUCCGUUGUUCAAGUUUAUUUACAAAUUGACAGACGACGAAGAAGCAGUGGGCAUCGCCACGCGUAAUGUAAUUGAUGAGUUUGCUCAAGAUGGCGUUCGCUACUUGGAACUGCGUACAACGCCUCGUCGUAACCCGGAUACCGGCAUGACAAAGGAAUCGUACCUGAAGGCUGUCUUGUCAGCUGUCAACGAACCGCGGGACAACAUCAUUGUACGACUGAUUGUAUCUAUCGAUCGCCGGAAUACACUCGAAGAAGCAUAUGAGGCCGUGGAUUUAGCCAUGGAAUUCCGAUCACAAAAUGUCGUGGGUAUCGACUUGUGUGGUGACGUCCAUCAAGGUUCCUUUGAGCAGCUGCGACCUGCGUUCGAUAAGGCCAGGACAGAGGGAUUCCAUGUUACCUUGCACUUUAACGAGGUCAAGGAAAAUAUGGUAGAAGCACCUAAUUUAUUGUCGUUUGGUCCGGAUCGUCUGGGCCACGCUACACUCUUGGACGAUUAUGCACGUCAAACCAUCUAUGCGAACAGUAUACCUAUAGAAAUUUGCAUGACGUCCAAUGUUGUGAGCAAGACCGUGGAGACAUUCGCUGACCACCACGUCAAGGAUUUGCUCAAGGAGGGUCAUCCCUUUGUCCUUUGUACGGAUGACAAGGGUGUGUUCUUCUCUGACCUUUCCAACGAAUAUGCUGUUUGUUCCACAACAUUCAACAUGACGCGGGAUCAGCUUUUCGAGGCGUCGUUGCGUUCCAUCGAUGCCAUUUUUGCUGGUCCAGAGCUACAGUCUCAGUUGAAACAGCAAUGGUGUGAGUGGCGCGAAGCGAAUGCCACCGCUUUUGCAUAGGGUUUCUUUGGAUAACACAAUAAACUAUCUUUUGAUGCUUGUUUUUGUAUAGUCAGG